AUGGCCGCCCCCUCAUCCGCCAGGCGCCGAUGCGCGGCCCUGUGCUUGCUACUUCUGCUCCUCAUGGGGACCCCCGCUCGGGUCGCUGCUGCGGUCCACGGACACCCCAAGAGCGAGAGGAUCUCCCUGAGUGGCGACAGGGACUGCGGCCGGCGUGGCGUGGAAGGGAGGGUCCUGGGCGGCGUCCCGGCCCCCGAGAGGAAGUGGCCGUGGCAGGUCAGCGUGCACUAUGCCGGCUUCCACGUCUGCGGCGGCUCCAUCCUCAACGAGUACUGGGUGCUGUCGGCCGCGCACUGCUUCGACCGUGACAAGAGCAUUAAGACUUACGACGUGUACGUGGGCCUCGUGAACCUCAAGGUAGCCGGCAACUACACCCAGUGGUUCGAGGUGAACAAGGUGAUCCUGCACCCCUCGUACCAAUUGGACCACCCCAUCGGAGGCGACGUGGCCCUGGUGCAGCUGAAGUCCCGCAUUGUGUUCUCUGACUCCGUGCUCCCCAUCUGCCUCCCGCCCCCAGAAGUGAACCUCACCAGCGUUAAUUGCUGGGCAACCGGAUGGGGGAUGGUCUCACAGCGAGUUCACAGAAGACCCCCUCUUCCUUUCCAGGGUGACUCGGGGGGCCCACUGGUCUGUGAAUUCAACCGCAUCUGGUUGCAGAUUGGAAUCGUGAGCUGGGGCCGCGGCUGCGCCUACCCUUUGUACCCGGGAGUGUACGCCCGAGUGUCCUAUUUUUCCAAAUGGAUACAUUACAACGUAAAAAUGACACCCCUUCCUAUUCAGCCCAGGCCCUCCCUGUCCCCAGCUCUGGGGGCCACCCUCACUGUCCUUGUGGCCACGCUGGCCGGCCCACCAGUGUUUUGCCGCAGGCCGCGCGCGCAGGGUGGAGGGCGCGCACACCCUCCUGAGCGCGCGGACGGCAGCCGCGCGGACCCACCCGAGCCUCUCCGGACGUCGGCGCUGAUAGGUGCCACCUCUGACGAGCUGCAGGAGGUCCAGCUCCCUCUGAUCCCGAUGCCCCUGUGCGAGAUCCUCUAUAGUCACACAUCCUACAUCCUGCCGAACAUGCUGUGUGCUGGGGACAUCAGGAACAAGAAGACUGUGUGUGAGGUGCGCCCCGCCAGACGGGUGCUGCCUGCAGGUGAACCCAGUGUUUCCACCAUGAUCACUUCUCCAUCACCCCCAGCCCCCCUAGGGCAGGUCCGCAGCGUCCUGGAGGCUCUAAGAGGUUGGGACGCCAUCUUCAACCGGCGCGGGGUGCUCACCCGACCACUGCUUCUCCAAGCGGCCUGCAGGGCCAGAUGGACCCCUGGCAUCGCGAGCGUCCACCGGGGCCCUCUGUCCGCCUCAGCUGAGCACGUGGCCCCUCACAGCCUCAGUUGA